GCGCCCUGUGGCGGCCGAGCUGGGGCAGCCUGCUCAGCGCCGCGGCGGCGGCGGCGGCGGCUGGAGACAAAGCGCCCAGCUAAUGAAUGGGACGGGCCCGCCCGGCCCUUCCUUUUAACUCCUUCGGGCCCGGCCGGGUGGCGGCGGCAGCGGCGACCUCUGGCUUUCCCUGCGGCGGCCGCCCGGGGAGAUACAAUCAUCUUUAAGUUUGAGUAACAAGUAUUUUACCUCAAAUGAAGCUUCCUGCAUGCAGCAGAACAGAUAUAGUUGAUGACAAGCAUCAAAAGCACAGCAAGGAAAAAUAGGGAAGAAGGUCUACAACUGCAGUUCCUUGUUCAAGGCUAACUCUCAUCUAUUCACCUCAACUUGAACUGAGACCAUCAAGGAACACAGUCAUCAGUGUUUAACUGCCUGGCUUCUGCUCAGUGGUAUCUUGUACUGAAAGAUGGUGCAGAAGAAUCACAGUUGUCCAGUCAAGAUGAACAGAAUGGCUUCCUUGACCAAGAAAAUAGAAGAUUCAAUUUUUAGGAUGAUAUCUACAACAUGAAGCAUUCAACAGAAGCUGCCUUUGAGAACGUUCAUCUAUGACCUGAAAUGUCCUGAUCCUGGGGAAAAAGAUGAGAUUCCAUUAAUUAAGUCUAUAAUUUCUUAAUGCAUCCUUAUGACUAAUCAUUUUUGUGUCCGCACAACACGGAUACAGAAUUCAUAAACCAGAGAUUAUUUUAACACGUAGAUUUGUGUUUGUGCAUUCAGUAUACAAGAUACAUCGUUUUAAUCAAAUUUUACAUAAUCUUUUAAAUUAUCUGUAUUUAUUAAUAAAUGAAGACUUGGCAAGAGGAAUUUGUCAGCCAUGGAAAACAGUAAAUCAGGUUCCCCCAUCAUGGAUGGUAAUUUCAUCUUGGGAAAAAUCAAUAACUUGAAAGUAGAACAAGAGGAAGAUGGCAUUAACUGUACUCUAGAAAGAAUGGAUAUAAAGACAGAACAAGAUGAAUUCAAACAUGCAGACAGCAGUGAUGAACAAGAAGACAAAGAAAAGAACUUCAUUAGCAACAACCCUAGCAAAUAUAUAUCUACAGAAAAUGAAGAUGAUUAUGGAUCUCUUUUUUCUCAGUAUAGUAGUACGCUGUAUGAUGUAGCAAUGGAGGCUGUGACACAGAGCCUCCUUUCCAGCAGAAAUAUAAGCUCCAGAAAAAAGUCACCUGCUUGGAACCAUUUUUUUAUAUCUCCUAGAGAUAGCACUAAAGCAAUAUGUAUGUACUGUAUGAAAGAAUUUAGCAGGGGUAAAAACGAAAAGGACCUAAGUACAAGUUGUCUCAUGAGACAUGUGAGGAGAGCCCAUCCUACUGUACUAAUUCAAGAAAAUGGGACUAUGCCAAAUAUAUCUUCCUUUUCUUCACCUACAUUAUUACUGCCUCCUCAGUCUGCAGAUAUGGGAGAUCUGAGUUCUAUGUUAUCCCCUAUAAAACUGGUAAAGAAAAUGGCUUCUAAAAUACCAUCUCCAGAUCGAAUAAUUGAGGAAUCUGUUUCUAUUGUUUCUUCUGAAGAAAUAGCAGAUCUCUCUGUUUCCGAAAAGUGCAACAAAGAAGAAGUCAUGGUUGGGUCAUCUCCACAGCUGCCCAACAGCCAGUAUGAUGAAACUGUGGAGAAUGUAGCAGAAAAAACUGUUGUAAUUCCAAAGAACACAUCAGGUUCUAGAAGGAGAUCUGCUGUCUGGAAACACUUUUAUUUAUCACCGCUUGAUAAUUCUAAAGCUGUUUGCAUCCACUGUAUGAAUGAAUUCAGUAGAGGAAAAAAUGGAAAAGACCUGGGAACAAGUUGUUUGAUAAGACAUAUGUGGAGAGCACAUCGUUCCAUUGUCCUGCAAGAGAACGGGGGUGGUACCAGUAUACCACCUCUCUACACCACACCUCCAACUUUGUUGCCUUCUUUGCUACCAUCAGAUAGUGAUCUGAAUUCUAUGUCAUCCUCUCCUGGAAAACUAAUGAAAGAAUCAGCUUCUGUGUCCUCUUCUCCAGACAGAAUCUCAGAGGAAAUACAUACUAAUCUCUCUUCUGGAGAUGUUCUAGUGGAAGACUCAAUGCUGUCAUCUUCUGAUGACAUAGGUGAAGUCUCAUUUGUGUCCUCCCCUGAGAAACAGUGUGAGGGAUUAGGCCCACUCAUAUUUGAACCUACUGCGGUAUUUCAGCAAAAUAAAAGGAUUAUGAAAAGGCUUAAAUCAGAAGUUUGGCAUCACUUUUCAUUGUCACCUGCUGACAGUCUAAAAGCAGUAUGUAGAUACUGCAGUUGUAUGAUAAGUCGUGGUAAAAAAGGAGAUGUAGGAACGAGCUGCUUGAUGAGACAUCUAUAUAGACGCCAUCCUGAUAUAAUUGGAAGCCAAAAAAGCUGUCUUGAUGUUAGUUUGGCAAAUUCUCCUUAUGCUACUUUGGCUUCUGCAGAAUGUUCAUCCUCAAAGUUGACUGAGUUACCUACAAUGGUUACACACGAUAAUCAAAUUAUUUUUCCUGUCAAUAGCAAGAAGACCUCAAAACUGUGGAAUCACUUUUCAAUUUGUUCUGCAGAUUCAACAAAAGUAAUAUGUAUGCACUGUGGACGUACAAUAAGUAGGGGGAAAAAGCCAACAAAUCUGGGCACGAGUUGCCUUCUAAGACAUUUGCAGCGGUUUCAUAACAAUGUACUGAAAACUGAUGUCUCAGAGACUGUAUUAUCCACAUCUACGGAUAAUCAUAUGCCACUGAGCACAGAAUUAUUAGCAUCUUCAACUUUUGAUGAAACCAAUGACAAGUUUUGUGACUCUCACCCAGUUGCCAAAAAAAUCACAAGUCUUGUAGCUGAAAUGAUUGCACUUGACCUUCAGCCAUAUUCUUUUGUAGACAACAUUGGCUUUAACAGGCUGCUUGAAUACUUGCAACCUCAGUAUUCUUUACCUUCUCCAUCUUACUUUUCUAGGACAGCAAUUCCAGAUAUGUAUGAUAAUGUAAGACAAAUAAUUAUUUCUCAUCUUAAAGAAGCCGAAAGUGGAGUGAUCCAUUUUACAUCAGGAAUAUGGAUGAGCAACCAAACACGAGAAUAUCUAACCCUUACAGCUCACUGGGUAACAUUUGAGUCUUCAUUUCGACCGCAGUGUGAGGAUUAUCAUUGUUCAGCACUAUUAAACGUAUCACAGAUCGAUUGCGACUACAAUGGAAUCAGUAUUCAAAAGCAGUUAGAGUACUGGUGGGAAAUGUGGAUUACUUCCAUUGGCCUUCAGAUUGGGAUUACUGUUACUGAUAAUCACAGUAUAGAAAAAACUUUAAAUGAGGGUGAUCAUUCAAGUGUACAGUGCUUUAGUCACACUGUUAAUGUCAUCGUAAACGAGGCCAUUAAAAGCCAGAGAAUGGUUCAGAAUUUGCUAAGUAUCGCAAGAAAGAUCUGUGAACGUGUUCAUCGGUCAGCAAAAGCAAAAGAGAAGUUAGCUGAGUUGCAAAAAGAGUAUGAGUUGCCUCAGCAUCAGCUUAUACAAGAUGUUCCAUCCAAGUGGAACACAUCAUUUCAUAUGCUCGAACGUCUGAUUGAACAGAAAAGAGCAAUUGAUGAAAUGUCAAUAGAGUGCAGCUUUCGGGAGCUGAUAAGUUGUGAUCAGUGGGAAGUUAUGCAGUCAGUGUGUCAUGCUCUCAAGCCUUUCGAAGCCGCAAGUAGGGAAAUGAGUACACACAUGUCUACUUUAAGUCAAGUGAUCCCAAUGAUCCAUAUACUUAACAGGAAAAUAGAAAUGCUAUUUGAGGAAACAAUGGGCAUAGAUACUAUGCUGAAAUCUUUGAAAGAAGCUAUGGUGAGCAGAUUGUCCUCCACACUUCAUGAUCCAAGGUACAUUUUUGCGACGCUUCUGGAUCCUCGCUAUAAAACAUCUUUAUUUACUGAAGAGGAGGCUGAACAGUAUAAACAAGACUUAAUCAGGGAGCUGGAAAUAAUGAGUUCUACCUCAGAAGAUGAUAAACCUGUUUCCAAUGGAUGUGAUAUAGGUUCACCAUCUACAAAUUCAUAUGGAGAAGAUAAUCUUUGGUCACUCAUGGGUGACAUGAAGAAAACGAAAGAUCUGAAGGAGAGAGCAAAGUUACCAGAGGAAAUGGUGCUUUCUUACUUGGAGGAAGAAGUACUCGAGCAUAACUGUGAUCCUCUAACUUACUGGAACUUUAAGAAGUCAUCUUGGCCAGUACUGUCAAAAUUGGCUGUCAGGUUCUUGGGUUGUCCACCAAGUAUUGUUCCUUCAGAGAGAUUGUUUAAUACAUCCAAUGAAAGCAACAACUUUAGUCAGUCGAGAUUAAUGAUUGAACACUUUGAAAAACUUAUCUUUUUGAAAGUGAAUCUUCCUUUAAUAUACUUCCAGUAUUGAAACUAACGAACAAACUGCUAGACUAAAAAUUUUGUUGCUCACUGGAUAAUAACUAUCUGUAACUUGGAUUGUUAAAUUGCUCCAAUAGGGGCCAUGUAUGACAUCUAAUCAGUGACUAUAAUUCCAAAUUUUAGUUUCAUUUUUUCAGCUUUCAAUAUGUCUACAUGUGCCUUAUUCAUAGUACUUCAGGCCAGAUAUUGUAUAUAUGUUUUUUUUAAAAGUUCACACUAGAGAUAGACUGUCUUGUCAAGUUAUACAGAAUUAUGUAGGUUUUAAUCCGUAACUGUAAAUGAACUUUUAAAAAAAAACUCAGUCAUUUGUUUUAAUAGGAUGGCAAAAAAAGAAAAAAAAAGAAAAAAAAGAUGUAAACAGUUCUAUUCUGUAGUUUUUUAUUCAAUUAUUAUGUAAAAACCAUAAACCAGGUACUGUAUUUUAGUUGAACAUUGCUUUAAUUGCAAAAAAAAAAAAAAAAAACCAACAAAAAAAACCAACAAACAACGAACAGCUCUUAUAGUUGUCAAAAGAAAGCUGUAUACAAAAGAUGGGAUUCAAGCCAUCUUUUUAUCAUACGAUGUUUUUAGCUGCAAGCCCUAAAGAACUUAAAAGGAUUAAUAAGAGUCAUUAAGGAAGAUGUGUUUACAGGAGACUAUCGAUGUAGUAUCUGAAAAUAAAUCUUUAAUUUGAGAUGAUAUGGAAUGUCAGCUAUACGACUGUCUGUCGUAAAACUUCCCAUCCCGGGUUCUCCUGUUCAGGUUAUACAUUUAAUGGAACGAUGGAAAUAUUCUGGGUAUUUAUAAAAGCUCUUCGGGAGUUUUAUCAAAGUUUAUGAAUUAAUGCUUGUUAUUUAAUGCCGUGUACAAAAAAAAAAAAAAAAAAAAAAAGCAAAAAAUCUACAAUGAAGACUAUAAUGUCAUUCUAAAGCCUUUUCUUAUCUUUAGUGCAUCAGAACUGUAAGGUUCCCUAUUGUAUAAACUGAGCCCUUAUUCCUAAUGUAAUUUCAACUCUGUAGAACAGCCUGUCUUAAAGCUCCUAGUACAAAAAUAACUGAUCUUCUGAUUUUCAGUAAUAGCCUUAUGGAUACGGUGCACUGCUUAGAAUUUUAUGUAGUAGGGUUGAUUCUUAACUGUCAGAGUCCAUCAGGCAAGUGGGAUAUAGAGCCCUCAAGACUUCAAGCAAGAAGAAAAAUACAGCCAGCAUUCUAAUUUGAAAGGAAUGUUCUCCAAUGGUUUUUUAACUUUAGAAAGAUAAAUCUUCUCAUUUCUGUUUUCAUUAAAUACUUUUUGGGAAAAAAUCAUUUGCCUAUGACCUUUUAGAAAAGUUGUAGCUUUGUUAAAAUACUGUACCUAUGCCUAAUCUAAUUUUGCAUUUACUAUGUUUUAGUGUAUUUAUAAAUGGUGAACUUCUGAAAUUAAACAUUUUAUUUGCAAUUUU